CAUUUGAUGGAACAUUUUCACUGGGCCGAACGUUGUAAAUGAGAUAAGAUGGAUUCAUGUCUCCCUUCGUCGAUCUUUGCCACGUCCAUGGGGGAGAACGUAAACCACCGCGACAGAUUUGGCGACACAGCAACUCCUAAUGCCGUGGAUGAGCAUAGAAACAAUGCAUCAUUGGUCUAUGACCGUGCGAGUAGUGGAACCAUAGACAGCGAUGUCAACAACGGCAACGGCAACGAUAACAUCAACGUCAACGUCAACGUCAACGUCAAUGUCAAUGUCAACGUCAACGUCAACGUCAACGAAAAUGAUUACAGCGAUCACAACAAACCACUAGACUUUCCCUACAAAUUUCCAGAUGCCAUGUCCAGUACUGAUGGCACGGCGGAAGAUUUGCUAUCUUGCGGAUCUUCCUUAGAAGAUCUCGGGGUCACUGAACGAGGAAGCGGCGAGGACCAUCGUCUUUCCCCUCGCGAAAACCACGAAUCGGUUGGUUGGAUUGGGAACAAUGAUAACAUCAAUAAUGCUCCGAAUGUGGCAACCACCGAUGCGUCGUCUUCGUCUUCCUCCUCCUCCUUGCCAGUGUCAAGGCCGCCCCCAAUGCCUAAAUCAGAGGAGCUGUCAAAACCGCAAGCGACGGACACAACCUUGGUAAAAGAAAACGGCCAGACACAGACUCCACCUUGCAGAGAAAAUUCUCCUUCGUUUCGUUCAUGGGUCAGUUCUGGUGAUGCAAGCAAAGCCUCUGAUUCAACAUUUACUACAAGAAACAUCAGCAACCACAACGCCAGCGAGGCCAGGAUCGAAGGACAAACGAUUGAAAAUCCAAUUUUGAAACACGACGAAAGGCAUCGUUCUUAUAGGGGCGACUGCAGCAUUAGCAGUAGUGAUAGCAACAACGACAGGAAAAGCUCGACGCUUUCGGUCAAUGACGACGAGGACUGUCCAAUGGAAACAGAGGAAUUUCCCCGGAAGGAUACAGAGCCAGCCGAAGUUGAUAAAGAAAUCGAAAACCUAAAAUGCCAACUCGGAAAGCUUUGGUGGGCAGAAUCUAAUCAGGACCUAAGGAGCAAGUACGAACGCGACAAGUACGGCCGGCUCUUGAUCCCAGACGAAGAACGCCUCGGUCACCGAUGCGACGGCGGCAAAAAAGUGAACGCAAGCGUCCAUACAGUGAAGUCUAAUGCAAAUAUAACCGCCAACGUUCCUGAUUUCUCUUCUAGCAACACUUCCCCCGACAGAAGCUACGAUGUGAACGGCGUCCCCCGUUCGGUAGGCAUCUCUGAUUUUUACAGAACAGUGAUCUUUAAUGUCAACUGUGUCUCCAAAAAUUGGUCUGAGCAUUUGAAGAAUAUGACUGCGCGGUUGAACAGUUUUGGUGACAGAGUCCCCAUUGCUGGUGAGAAUGUCGCUUCCGACGAAAGCCUUCGGGACAUGGAUCCCAAACUGCAAUACUCCAUGACCUUGGCCGACUCGGUGGACAAGGCCUGGGCGAAAGAAUUGUACGAGUCGGAUGCCCGGGAACGAGAGGACAUUAUCAACGAAAUCCACGGGAUCCAGAGCUCGCGAAUGGUCAACGAAACCCCUGAGCUCGUUGCGGACGCUGUUAGGGCCCUGCGCGAACACAUCGAAACCAACGUCGACGAGCCGCUUGACAACGGGGACAGCAUCGUUCCCCCCAUUACCAAGGACGCAUACAAGCGUGCCGUAUUUGAUCUCAAGAGUGAAUACGUGCAAUCGGAAGCAUUUUUAGUGAAAUUCCUAAGGGCAUGCUUCUUCGACAUCGACAAGGCGGCUCUUCGGUAUUUCCGGUACCUAGAUCUGCUCCACGAUCUAUUUGGAGACGUCGCCCUAACCAGGUCCCUUGCCAUGACGGAUCUCACAAAGCGUGAAAUGCGGUACUUGAGAAAGGGACAGAUGCAGCUCCUGCCAAGCCGCGAUCGUGCCGGCCGUCGGAUGUACGCGUUUUCUGGCUGCGACGACUGGACCUUUAACAUACGCGAAAAGUACCGCAUCAACGUAUACCUCGUCGACGUUCUUGCGGACGACGUCACGACGCAAAUCAAAGGGGCAGUCUCGCUCAACGCACCCCGGAUCGGAACCGGAAGCAAUCCCUUUGGCUUUGAGGGCAUGACGCUACGCGUGGGGAAGCAGGAAUUGCUGGGCGGGAAAUACACCGAACCAGAGUACUUUCGCAAGAUCAACGAGGCCAUUCCAUUCCGGUUCUCUGCGUUGCACUACUUUGCGCCAAACAACAUCAUUUACAACAUUGGAAAGUCUAUAAUCCUCACCCUUCUUGGAAAAGAAGAUCGAAAGGUUGUCCGGUUCCAUGCCGGAUCCCAGAUCGAAUGCGAAUACAGCUUGCGGUCUUUUGGGAUUCCCCACGAAGAUCUUACCAUCACGGACGGAGCCAACAUCAAAACCAAGAACGUGCAAAAGUUCAUCAAGGCGAGACAGUCGAUCGAAAGUUUUCGUGAGAAACAGCGAAGACAACAGCAAGAGGGCGGAGAUGACUGUCCACAAUCACUGCUCAAAGACAAACCCGGAAUCGAAUGCCCGGAGGUUGACUGCAUCGUCUUUGGGGACAAGGCGCUGAACAACCACCAAGCCAACGCAGAAUUCCGGAACAUUCUCAAGAUCGUGGAACGAAGUCGAGAAGAGCAACUAGCAAUCGCUAGAAGACAGUCGAAAUGCUCAACAAACGAUGAGCCCAAAACUCCGAUCAAGGACUAUAUUGAUGACAUCAUACAGAUUGCGAAGUCUCCACCCCAUAACCUCCGUUUUUUGUUUUUUGACAAAAAAAAGCACUUGUACGUAGAAUUUGAUGACCACAACGAACUCUGUAAGAGAGUGUCGCAGUCUUUGAGGGACCAGAGAAAGCGCUUCCGACUGGAAGACGCGAAGGUUCGGGGAGUCAGAGCGGUAGAAAACGAUCAACGCCACGAAAGCCAGUGCGUGCUAGACAAUGGAUCCAUUAUGGGCUCGGAUGCCGCAAAGCGACACAAGCGAUUAUCCGACGGGGACAAAAAUUGCCUAGAUCUUUUUUAGGAGAGCAACAACAUUUAGUGCAAAUCAAGUUAUAAUAUUAACUACAAUUUUUCAUUCAUGGUUGCAAUUCUUCUUCAUUAUACAAGAUCGCUUGGAGAAAUAAAAAGGCAUGGUCUCAAUUUGUAAGAAAACGCAGUCCGUCGAUUCUCAAGUCUUGCAAUUAGAUCCAACCCGGGGGUGUCAGUUUCCACGCUUGAAAAAACAGCAAUUAUGUUUCUCUUGCUGAUUUGUAUCGAAAGCCAUUGUAAUGCAAUCACCACCAUGGCAUACCCAAAACGAAUUGAAAACUUCUGUGAUUUAAUCGAAGGGUGUAUGAUGAAACCACGAUUCCAAAGAAACAAUUUUAAAGUAACAGAUAUUGCAAUAACAGUCGACGGCACAUACCACAUGUGCCCUGUACCUAAUUGUUUCUGUGACAACCCUUGCUACCGCCUUGGGCGAUGUGGAGUAGACCAUUUCAAUAGUUUCAAACAGCUUAGAGGUCGAACUACAUAGUCUCCGGUUUCCAGUCGCGAUGAACAAUGUUCAUAUUGUGUAUGUAUGGAAGAGCAUAUUAGUAUUGCGAACAUAUCUUGGAUUUCUUGAUAUCCCUCUGGAGCGACUUCGUAGUACUGGAUGUUCGGAAUUGGCUUUGUUGCACUCAUAUUGUUUCUGUCAUUGGGAUCUCAAUUUAUUCUUUAUGCAACAGAACGAUUAACCUUGACAAAAUCGAGGAGUCGUGUCUUAGUAUAGACCAUGCCGCUCGUGAUCUUAUGGCGAGUAAAAAAUGGAUUUUUGACUCCCGAAAGUAGCUGAUAACGAACAGCAUGCACCUAUGUUGUACCGUGAUGCAUUAGCUUCAAUUGGUUUGCAGUCUACUGUAGUGUUUUUCCAAUCAGUAAAACUAUAACAUCGUU